CUCUUCUCUCUCUCCCCAUUCCCUCACUAUGAUUCGGACUUCCCUCGCCCUUCUCACUCGGAAUUUUCCUUCUCCGCCGCCACUUCUUGGCGCCGCCGCCGGCCCUCAUAAUGCCUUGGUGUUGCUUUCCUCUUCUAACCGCUACGCUUUGCUUUCGCCGACACGUCGUUUCGAAUCCACCGAAGCGGCGCGACUCCAUGAAGACGAAAACGAUGGUCAGGAGUUUGAUUUUCCGGGAGGAAGAGUUCCAUUUACGAGUGAAAUGAAAUUCAUUGCUGAGUCGACUGAGGAGCGGGUCUCGUGUUAUCGAAUUCUCCACGAAAAUGGGGAGACGAUUUUGCCCGCCAAUUUCAAGCAGUUGAGCAAGGAUGUAAUGGUGAAGAUGUACAAAGACAUGAUUACCCUUCAAACAAUGGACACCAUAUUCUUCGAGGCCCAAAGGCAAGGAAGAAUCUCAUUUUACUUAACUUCAGCCGGAGAAGAAGCAGUGACCAUUGCUUCAGCAGCUGCGCUUCACUCCGACGACGUGGUUUUGGCUCAGUACAGGGAGCCGGGAGUGUUGUUAUGGCGUGGAUUUGGAUUGCAAGAAUUUGCAGAUCAGGUGUUUGGAAACAGAAGUGAUUAUGGAAAAGGUCGGCAGAUGCCUAUUCACUAUGGCUCCAAUCUGCUCAAUUACUUCACCAUUUCAUCGCCAAUUGGAACGCAGCUUCCACAUGCUGUUGGCGUUGCUUAUUCUCUUAAAAUGGACAGAAAAGACGCCUGCGCUGUGACUUAUUUUGGAGAUGGCGGCACCAGCGAGGGGGAUUUCCACGCGGCAUUGAACUUUGCAGCAGUGUUAGGAGCGCCGGUGGUUUUCAUCUGCAGGAACAACGGCUGGGCUAUCAGUACUUCCAUCCAAGAACAAUUCCGAAGCGACGGGGUGGUGGUUAAAGGUCAGGCCUAUGGAGUCCGAAGCAUUAGGAUUGAUGGCAAUGACGCUCUGGCUGUUUAUAGCGCCACUCGCAGAGCGAGAGAGAUGGCGAUUGCCGAGCAGAUGCCGGUUCUGAUCGAGGCUCUAACUUACAGAGUUGGCCACCAUUCCACCUCCGAUGAUUCCACCAAGUAUCGGGGUGUGGAUGAGAUUGAGUAUUGGAAAACAAAGAGGAGCCCUAUGGAUCGGUUUGCAAGAUGGUUAAGAAAUAAUGGAUGGUUGAGUGAAGAAGAUGAGUCCAUGCAUCGAUCCACCGUAAAAAAACAGUUGUUGCAAGCAAUCCAGAAAGCAGAGAAGGCAGAGAAAGCUCCAGUUUCAGCAUUGUUCAGUGAUGUCUAUGAUCACAUACCCUCAAACCUUCAUGAGCAAGAACAGGUACUGAGGCAAACAAUGAAGAGGUAUCCCCAAGAUUACCCUUCUGAUGUUCCUCUUUAGAAGAAGAUUCUAUCCAAAAGUGUACAUCAGCAGCUUGUGCCAAAUAAAUGUAAAUUAAAGCGGAUGUACCAAAUAAAUGUAAACUCAUGAUAUGAUAUGAUAUAAUAUGAUAUACUGUAAUAUCAGUUUCGUGGGUUAAAGAUCAUGCUACUGCUAUGGCUCUUUGGAAAAUCUUGACGAUGAUGAUGAUAAUGUCUAUCACGUAAAUUGAUCUGAAACUCUAGAGCCUUAUUCAGAGUUAUUUGGAUUAAUGUGAACAUGUUGUGUUCUUCAGUGUACACUAAUUUCCUUCAACUUAA